AUGUCGGAUAAGAUCAGUUUCCUACCAUUGGAAGUACUUCUCUCCAUCCUGGCGUACCUACCUUUUGAGUCUCUCCUUGCCUUUGGAGAAACGUCUCGCGCGAAUUUCAAGUCUCACACCCUUUGCCUCAGACGUCUUCGCGUCGGAGUGUUCGAAAAGCGAGUCCACUCCAUGAUAUCUCUACUUCAGGCAGGCUGGGCUACUCCCGAUCAACUUUCAUCGUCCAGUGAGAAUGAUGGUUCCAAGAGUGACUAUACCAUUUCCGUGAUCCAACCAGGCAUCUAUGCACAACAAGAGUUUGACCGGGAGCCGCAUGCUAAAUGUAAACUGCAAAAAAGGGGGGACAUAAGCCCACAAGACGCUCAGGAGCAGACGGUACAGGCACAGAACAAAGUUCUUGCGCGACUGGUGGACCGAUACGGGCCUUCAUUGGUCAAGCUCGAGUUCAUGGCCUACGAUCUUGAUGUCAACGGGGCAAAAGCGCUCGGAACCAGAUGUAGACACACGCUGCGCUAUCUGGCACUGCGUUUCGAGCAUCCACAUAUCCGCGACGGGCCGAUGAGGCCAACUGCUUGGUACUAUCCUGCGCCAGGUAGCACUGCUUGGAACUUACUAGCGGGCAUAGGGAACCCCAAGGACAUAGGGGUCACUGGCCUUGAGACUCUGAUAUUGGAACGAUCAGGCAUCACGCCAUGGCAGUUGGCGAUGCUUGUGGAGAGGAAUCCUAGGCUGAGAGUCUUGAAGUUGAGGACCUGCCGUGGUGCACAGCCGGAGUUUUUUGAAUUGGCUCGGGGGUUGAUAAAAAGGCAGAGACUGGCACCUGGUGCGACGCUCGAAGUUCUCUGGCUGGAGAAUUGCCACGAUUUACUUAGCCCUCCAAUAGAUGAGCAAAAAGUUAAGCAGUUGCCAGCCAGACCGUCUGACGAGGGCUUUGAAUGGGUCAGAAAUCUAUCAAACCUGCAAUCUCUUUCCUUCAGAGAGUGUGCGUGUAUAUCGUCGGAGUAUGUCGACAGGGCUAACAAAGCCAUCUGGAAGAUUGCAGAAGUUAUCCUACCCUAUGCCUUCGUUACACAGAAUUCAGCUAUUGAGGUUGACCCUCUUCUUUCAUAG